AUUCCAAAGCAACUUGAGAUUGGGUAUGUGCCCCUCUCUAAUGGAGGACUAUUUCCUGGUCUUUAUUUAUUCACGUCUCCCGCGCGAAUGAUGCGACCAGUCAAAUAUUUGGCGACUUCAAAAACUGAUUUAAUAGGUUCAUUCGAACAGGUUUAUAUGAAUAUUGCUUGCCUGGAUGAGGAUAUUAUACCGGGAGUUACGACACACAAAGAAAUUUCGCCGACCAAUGUAUUAAGUAUUCUUGCAAAUCUAACUCCAUUUUCUGAUCAUAAUCAAAGUCCUCGUAAUAUGUACCAAUGUCAGAUGGCUAAACAGACGAUGGGCACUCCUUCCACAGCUCUAACAUAUCGAACUGAUAACAAAUUGUAUCGAUUGCAAACUGGUCAAACGCCCAUUGCAAGGCCUGAGAUUUACAAUAAAUACGGGUUGGAUUCAUUUGUAAAUGGAACUAAUGCAAUAGUAGCUGUUCUUUCGUAUACUGGAUAUGACAUGGAAGAUGCCAUGAUAAUUAAUAGGCAAUCGCAUCAUCGUGGAUUUGCCUAUGGUUUAAUCUACAAAUCAGAAGUUGUCGACCUUUCAGAGAUAAGAUCAAAUAUAACGUGUCAUUUUUUCCUCGGUGACGACGUAGACGAUGAAAUAAGGAAGAUAUUGGACAGUGAUGGGCUUCCUUUUAUUGGAGCCCGAUUAACGGAAGGUGAUCCAUUUUAUGCAUUUUUCGAUGACAUAAAGGGUGUAACUCGGGUGAAAAAAUAUAAAGGACCCGAAAUUGCCUAUGUCGAUCAAGUUCGCUUAUUCGGAGAUGAUUACGGUGAAUCAGAAGCGCAAAAAGCACAUAUUAAAUUGAGAAUUCCUCGGCCGUCAAUUAUUGGUGAUAAAUUUUCUUCGAGACAUGGACAGAAAGGUGUGUUGUCACAAUUAUGGCCACAAUAUGACAUGCCAUUCACUGAGAGUGGAAUGCAACCAGACAUUAUUAUAAAUCCACAUGCGUUUCCUUCUCGCAUGACAAUUGGUAUGUUUGUGGAAAGUUUAGCUGGGAAAGCUGGCGCGUUACAUGGUAUUGCACAAGAUGCGACCCCUUUCAAAUUCAACGAAGAAAACGCCGCAAUGGAUUAUUUUGGCAAACAGCUGCUUAGUGCCGGUUACAGUUACCAUGGAAAUGAACCAAUGUAUAGUGGAAUCACAGGAGAAGAGUUUCAUGCUGAUAUUUAUAUUGGUGUGGUAUUUUAUCAGAGAUUACGUCAUAUGGUGUCAGAUAAGUGGCAAGUUCGGUCUACUGGUCCGGUACAUAAUCUUACCUUGCAACCGAUUGGCGGACGAACACGGCAAGGUGGUGUAAGGUUUGGUGAAAUGGAACGUGAUUCGUUGUUGGCACAUGGAAUGAGUUUUUGUCUACAAGAUAGGUUGAUGAAUUGUUCUGAUUAUUCACAGUGUUUAAUAUGUCAAAAAUGUGGCUCAAUAUUCUCGCCUAUAUCAUUACACCAUCAAACUCAAAAUCAAAGACGCACAAAACAUCAUGUACGAUGCGUUCUUUGCGAUUCGUCAAACUAUAUUGUUCACAUAAAAAUACCGUUUGCCUUCAAAUAUCUUGCAACGGAAUUGAUGUGUAUGGGAGUUAAGAUGACGCUGGAAACAAAGCCAUAA